AUGAGACUACACUUCCGCUCAAUAGAUAGUGACGCCACUUCACCUUUCUCAAUUCACCAUCCCGCGCGGCUUCACUUCCCCCUCCCGUCGCCUCCACUUCCCCCUCCCAUCACCUCAACUUCCCCCUCCCAUCGCCUCCACUCCCCCUCCUAUCGCCUCCACUUCCCCUUCCCAUCGCCUUCAAUUUUCCUUCCCGUCGCCUCCACAUCCCCCUCCCGUCGCCUCCACUUCCCCCUCCCGUCGCUUCCACACCCCCCUCCAGUCGCCUCCACUCCCCCCUCCCGUCGCCUCCACUUCCCCCUCCCAUCGCCUUCCCUUUUCCAAGCACACUCGCCUCCACUUCCCCCUCCCGUCUCCUCCACUUCCCCCUCCCGUCGCCUCCACUCCCCCCUCCCGUCGCAUCCACUUCCCCCUCCCGUCACCUCAACUUCCCCCUCCCGUCGCCUCCAUUCCCCCCUCCCGUCGCCUCCACUUCCCCCAUCACAACGCCACCACUUCCCCCUCCCAUCGCCUUCCCUUUUCCUUCCCGUCUCAUCCACAUCCCCCUGCCGUCACCUCAACUACCCCCUCCCGUCUAGUCCACUUCCCCCUCCCGUCGCCUUGCUGUUCCCUUCCCGCCGCAAGAAUUUCCCCCUCCCGUCGCAUCCACUUCCCCCUCCCAUCGCAUCCACUCUUCCCUCCCAUCGCCUUCCCUUUUCCACCCCGUCUCCUCCACUUCCGCCUCCCGUCUCCUCCACUUCCCCCUCCCGUCGCCUCCGCUUCCCCAUCCCGUCGCCUCCACUUCCCCCUCCCGUCACCUCAACUACCCCCUUUCCCCCUGUGUGGUCCACUUCCCCCUUUGCACGCCCCUACAAUCCCCUGCUCACUCCCUUGCCCCGAGAACACACUCUUCACCUCUUCUCACUCCCUUUCUCCCUGUGUGGUAUAUUUCCACCACAUUAA